AAAAUUUGGAAGUUCUUCUAGUUUCGUGAUCGCGUUUCGUCCCAAAAUGAUAAAACUAGAUAGUUUCAUUGCCGAUAGUGAUAUCAGCACCCGCGAGGGGAUUGACGAGGUGUGCCAGAGGAUAGCGGACAAGGAGAAACAAAUCGAUGGACGGCUGGAGGAAAUCCUAUCACAACAAUGCCAGCUGGAGGCCAAGAUGCGCAGCAUCGGUGUCGCCCUGAGCAGCCUUAAUCUGGUGUCGGACAAAAGCCGGCAGCUUUCAACGGUGAUCAACCAUACGGCCACGCUGGCGGAAAGCGUAAGCGCCAAAGUGAGACGACUCGACGAGGCGCGGAGCCGCGUAUCGGAAUGUCAGCAACGUGUGCACGAUUUGAUCGAUCUGCAACUGUGCAGCCAGGGUGUGAUGGCGGCGAUCCGUGAGGAAGACUUUGAACAGGGUGCCGCCCACGUGAACCGCUUCCUUUCGAUGGACAAAACGUUGCUGCAGAAGACGGCCGACGACGUAAGCGGUUCGAUCACUUCCGUCAGCAAAGCCGUCUCGACGCUGGAACAGGCAACGGUGCAGAUCCGGCAGAUGGUUAGCCAGAAGUUCGAGGAAGCCGUCAAGCGUGAUGAUCUGGCAUCGGUGGAACGGUUUUUCAAAAUCUUUCCCCUCCUCGGAUUGCACGACGAAGGGUUGGAGCAGUUCAUCACGUACAUUUGCGGGAAGCUGGCGAGUAAGGCGGCCAAAGAGCUACGCUCCUCGAUGGACAUUGCCAAGGCCGAGAAGCGCACGGCCGUCGCGUACGCCGACACGCUAACGAUCCUGCUGGAGAAUGUAGCGCGCGUGAUCGAGGUGAAUCAGGCCAUUAUCGAGCACUGCUAUGGGCCCGGCCGAUUGGUACAGAUCUGUCGCUUGCUACAGCGCGAGUGCGACGACGAGAUGACCAAAUGUGUGCAGGAGUUUAACCGGAAUCGACAGACCAGUCGUCGGAUUGCACAGAUUAAUGAUUACAUUAAGGGUGCCGGUGCAGGUGGCAGUUCGGCCGUUGGUCACUUCCGUAAGGCCUCCGGUGGCGGUGGUUCGAUGGAUAAGCUGAACGCGAAAGAUAUCGACAGUUUGAUCGGUGAGAUCACAAUCAUGCAUUCGCGAGCCGAGCUGUACGUCAAGUUCAUCAAGCGACGUUGCACGAAUGAUCUGGAGAAAAGUUCACUUUCAGCGGAAGAGAAAGAGGAACGCCUGGCAGGUCUAAAUGCCAUGCUACAAAAGUCGCGCCUCAACACGCAAAUGCAGGAACUGCUGAGCACGUAUCUGCUAUUCGAGCGUUACUUUAUGGAGGAAAGCGUUUUGAAAGCGAUCACUCUGGACAGCCUGGAGGAUGGGCAACACUGUUCGAGCAUGCUGGAUGAUGUGUUCUUCAUUGUGCGCAAGUGCAUUCGCCGUUCUACCGGCACCCAAUCGUUGGAUGGAGUGUGUGCCGUGCUAAACAAUGCCGCUAGCUGCCUGGAGGAAGACUUUCUUCGCGCCUUGCGAACACCGCUGAAAGCAGGAUACCCGAGCGGAUAUCUCGAUCUGGCGCAAGCUUACAAUGCCUUUCAGACUUCGCUGCAGCAGGGCCGGCUACAGACGAGUGAUGCGGAUCAGGCACGGGCACGGUUCGUGGCCGCACUCAACAACGCCGACAUGGCGACCGAAUUCAUCGAGACACUGUGGAAAACGAUGGGCGAGGAAAUCGGUGGCAUGUUUCCGGCGAUGACGGGACGCGAACGGGAGAAGCUGGACAGCUGUCUGGGUGGAUUGCGGGCCGUCGGUGAUUCGUUGAAGGCGGCCGUUGAUUUUGGAUUCCAACAGCUUCGCUCAUCGGCGUUGAAGCCACGGAUACACCCGUGGGUUGAUCAGUUCGCAACGCACAACCAUAACCUGAGUGAGGAAGAGCUGGCCACUUACGAGGCCGGUGAAACGUUCGUUCAGUUUUUGAUCGUACAGAUCGAUGGGUUAUUGGCGGCGUUCAAGGCAGCACUAACGGCGCGCAACUAUGACGCACUGGUGAGCAUCGUGACCAGCGAGAUCACCGCACGGAUGGAGCGGGCGAUUAAGAAGACGACCUUUAAUAGGCUCGGUGGGUUGGUGUUGGAUCAGGAGGUAAGAGCGUUGUCUUCGUACCUGACCGGAGCCACUUCGUGGUCGGUACGGGACAAACUGGCGAAAUUGCUGCAGAUGGGCACGAUACUGAAUCUAGAAAAUGUGGCCGAACUACCGGAAUACUGGGAGUCAUCAUCCGCCAGCUGGCGUCUGACGGCCAAUGAGGUGCGCUCUAUAUUGGCAUUAAGAAUUGAUUUUAAAAUGGAAGACAUAAAGAAGCUGAAACUUUAAGUGCGUUAAUAAAGAUAAAAUAGAUACUAGACAUGGUUAAAGUG